AUGAACGUUUGGUCAUCACACUCAAGUGCAAUGUCUCCGUUAUUUUCUGCCAUCUUUUUGCUUGGCCUUUGCCUGGCCAACGCCUUCAACUUCACAACCGUUUACGAGUGGGACAAAUUCGAUUUCAUCUCGAAUGGACAGAUUAAACCAAUUUUUGAUCCGAAUUAUGUUUAUCUUCGUUACAUGGCUGUUUAUGGAGAAAGGCUGUUUCUAAGCCUUGAUAAAAAUCCCGGAAUUCCCGCCACUUUGGUGUGGCUGCCAACAAGCGGCACGUCGACCUCACCUCCAAAGCUUGCUCCUUUCCCUUCCUGGCAUUUACAUAAAAAAGACAACUGCGAUUCUAUUCAGUUUGCCAAAGGAAUGGAAAUCGACCCUGAGGGUCGGUUGUGGGUGCUUGAUCAAGGUAGCGACGAUUGUCCAAGCAAAAUUUGGAUAUUCAACCUGCUCAACAACAAAAUCGAGCGCGUUCACCAGUUCCCGAACACAGUCGUCUCUAAUUCAUAUUCAAAAAGGUACCUGCGUGAUAUCGUGCUGGACAAAACCCCAGACGAUUACCUUGCGUACAUCGCGGAGUAUUAUUCUGAGCACAUAAUCGUGUACAACCGAGAAACCGACAAAUCCUGGUCAGUCAAAACACCAGGGAGAAAAUGGUUUUCCUUGGCCCUCUCUCCUAACAGCGAAGCGAGACAGUUGUACCUGAUAAGAUAUAUUUCCAAUGAACUCUAUUCAGUGUCUGUUUCUGAGCUGAAGAAUGAAGGCGGAAGCGCUGCUGUCAAAUUAAUCGGCAAAUGGACUGAAUAUAACCCUUACAGAAUGUUAAUCGACGGCGCCAAUGUCUUGUAUGUCGCAUUUUGGUACGAGAAUUACCUCUCCAAAUGGAAUAUUUCGGAGCCCUUUCGCGAGCAGCGGUUUCAUCAGGUAAUAUUUCCCUAA